AUGCCAGCUGUGAUAUUUGUCGGCUUGGUGGCUCUUCUGACUCUCCUUGGUGCGGGUUUAGAUGGCCUGGCAUUGGACCAUCUCUAAUUCGUCCACGUCCCACCAAGAUAUAGAUAUUUUUGGCGUCCUGAAGCUGGAUUGUGAAUCACCACCAGUUUUUUCGAAACCCAAUAGGCAAUAAACAACACGUCAUCGAAAAAUACGUUUGUAAAACUUUCCAGUCAAACAAUUGUUCAAAUACAAAUUUGCGUAAAACCCGAUUUUGGUAACAGUCCCCCCAGUCUCAUUCUGGCAAAAUUCUCGAGGGUUUUCCUAUAAAGAGCCGGUGGCCAAGUAACAGUGGAAAGCAGUUUUGAUUCAGCUUCUUAACUCAAAGUCCAAAAUGCGUGCUCUGAUGGUUUUUGCUCUGUUGGCCUUCCUGGCCGUAAGCUUUGUGGCUGCCCGUCCAGCUGAGGACGAGGAAGCAGCUGAUCUUGCUAACGAGGCCCAGGAGGAGGAGGAUGAGCCCGUCGAUGACGAGGAUACAGAUACAGUGAGCAAUGGAGAAGUUGAAGAAGACAGCCAGGACAGUGAUGAUGAAGAGCCCAGUGCAAACGAUGCCGAAGACGAAGAAAGUACCGGAGAUGAUGAUGAGAGGGACGACGACGACAACGAAGAGGCCCCCACAGUUUCGGCUCCCAACAAAAAAAUUACUCCAUUUUGGCCCAGGUUCGGAGGUCAUGGUCCAGUUGUAAUCCACGCCAGACCUCGCUUCCUCAGCGUUGCUUAAAUUGUGUAUUCGAUCAAUGCACAACGAUAUCUUUCACUGAAAGAGUUCUCUGAAUAAAACGUUUUGUUCCUAAAGUAAAAUUACUUUAAAAA